AUGGACGAAAUAAGAAAAAUAUGUUCAGAAUCUUUAAUCCCUUAUUUAAUAAAAUAACAGAAGAAGAAAAAAAAGAAUACUGGUUACGAAAAAGAUAUAACUUUUUAAAAAUUCAUAAAAGAAAUAGAACUUUGGGAUUAUGAUGAUUUCGAUGAUUAUAUUGAAGUUGUGGCUUAAAUUGCCUUUAUUUGCUUAUUUGCGUAUGUUUCACGUUUUGCUGUCAGUACCUUAUAAAAUUUAGGGGAUUGGAGCGUGGAAUUUUGUGGUAAAACUUUUGGGAUUUUUGUGUAUUUAUACAAAUAUUGCGUUCUUUUGUUUAGAUUAUUUUCAGGUUUUUGA